AUUCAUUAUUAUUAUUAUGUUUUUCUCUAAACGAAAUACUACAUUGUAUUUAUUCCUAUUGUUGGCUAUUCUUGGUACAUUCCUUGCCGAUGCUGCACCUAUUGGAAGUGUUGAUGGAAAUUCAGCCACUAUUACAUUUGCCGGUCAUACAGUGACAGUACAUGGUAUCGUAUUUAGUGUAGUUGCUUUUGUUACGGGUGGUUAUCUAUGUUUUCUUGGAGGCGUAUUUCAAAGUUUUACAAUGUUCAUCGUUGGAUUUUAUGUAGGCGCUAAUGUUGCCUUUAUUGUCCUGACAAAUGCCAAAGCAGAUUACGGAGCUAAUACGGAUACGAUCUUGUUGGUUGUCAGUAUUGUUGCCGGUGUUCUCUGUGGUGGAUUAUUAUGUUGCUGCUUCUUUUUAGCAGUGUACCUAUUAGGCGCUCUGCUUGGUUACUUGGCUGCCCUUUGGUUGUUGUCAUGGAAUACAAAUGGUCUUAUUCAGUCCAAUUGGGGUCGAGCUAUCUUGAUUGUUUGUUUUGUUGUUGCUGGUGUUAUUCUCAUCGCUUUCCUCGAACGUCCAGUAUUUGUCAUUGCUACUGCAUUCAUUGGUUCUUUUGCUAUCUUUGUCGGUGUCGAUAUCUACGUCAAGACCGGAUUCUUGGAACUUGUCAAUCAACUCCUGCAUGCAAGAACUAUGGAUUUAGUAGUUGACGCAACACCUGCUUUAAGGGGUAUGCUCGCUGGCUGUUUAGGUCUUGCUCUCGUUGGUUCCUUAAUUCAAUGGUGUAUGAUUCGACGUGAUUCUGCUACCUAUAGAGGUUGGAAAGAACGCUAUCCUUAUGGCGGUGGUUGGAGACGUGUAUAGGAUAUAUAAAGAAAGCUUGUUCCAUUUCCGAUCUUAUUCAUAUAUCUUUUAUGAUUGUAUAUCAUCACCACUUUGUAUAUUAUACACACACACACUUAUAAGUAUAUAUAUUUACCUAAAAAAGAAAUAAAUAUCUACUAUUUUUAUUGUACCAUAUUCGACAUAAAGUGC